ACUGCGUUGUGAGACUUAAUAAACGUGUGUGUUCAUAUUUUUUGUAAAAUAUAUUCGUGUUAUGGAUUACAAGAGAAAAGAACGAUUAAAGGACGAAAACGAUGACAUUAUCCGUGCAAGCAAGUGUUUCCGGUUCGACGUGCGCUGCGCGACCUCCUUCGGACCAAACGACCUCGCCACACUUGGACUGGGUGUGCUGCUUGAAUCCGAUUCCGACGCGAAAGAGGUGCCGAAAAUGUCCAGCAAGGGUCGCAGUCCGCUCGCCAACGUGUCCAACCAGACGCCACAGGUGGUGGUGCAGGCAGGCGCCGGAACGUCGACGGCCGGUGGUGGGAUGCAGCAGGCCGACGCAAACUUGAGGAAAUACAUCAGCAUUUUGAACGACGAGCGGUUCUUUCUGUACCGGAGGCGCAACACCAAGCAGAACCUGGGGGAGGAUUAUUUUGGCCGGUUGUCGGACGAGAUGAUCCUGCAGGUGUUCCGGUGGCUACCGAAGAAGGCGCUGAUGCGGUGCAGUCAAGUCUCGAAACGGUUCAGUCAGGUUUCGUUGGAUGAGACGUUGUGGACGCGGUUGGAUUUGUCGUGCCGAUCGAUGCGGGCGGGUGCGCUUGGCAGUGUCAUUUCGAGGGGGACCGUGAUACUGAGGUUGGCACAGGCUCAUGUGUCUUAUCCGGUGUUUUUGCCGGAGAGUGUGGAGUGUGGCUUUCAGACGAAACUUCAAUUUCUGGACUUGAGUAUGUGUUCGAUCGAGCCGGAAGCUUUGGUGGAGCUGCUUUCCCGGUGCCGGUCUCUGCGCAAACUUAGCCUGGAGAAUGUGGCCGUGGAUGCGAGCUGCUGCCGGGAGAUUGGUUGUAACGAGAAUCUGGAGGCGCUCAACCUUACCAUGACCACCGGACUGGACAGCUUCGGCGUGACGACGCUGGCGAAGAAGCUCACAAAACUGCACAGUCUGAACAUAUCGUGGACGCACCUGUCCCGCCAGGCCGUCGAGGCCCUCGUCACACACGUCACACCGAGCUUGCUGCGGCUCAACGUGGCCGGCUGCCGGCAAACGCUCAACGAUGCUGCCCUCGAAAAGCUAGUCGCUCGCUGUCCGGACCUGCUCGAGCUCGAUCUCUCCGACUGCACCCAGCUCACCUCCGAGGCCAUCACGAUCGUGUGCAAACUCAAAAAGCUCGAGUACCUGUCGCUGUCCCGCUGCUACAACAUUAGCGUGACGUCCUAUCUCCAACUCAGCGACCUGCACUCGCUGCUCUUCCUGGACGUGUUCGGGCUCCUCUCGGAGCAGGCCAUCACGAUGCUGCAGACGUCGUUCCCGGGCGUCGGCAUCAACAAGUUCAUCCACAGCUCGGUGGCGCGGCCAACGGUUGGCACGAGGCGCACAUCGAUCUGGGGCCUGAGGACACGAGACUGAAGGGGGAUUUCGACGAUAGUGAAGUGCUGUGGAUCGUCGUUAAAUUUAUCUUUAAUGGUUUUUUUUUUCUUUCUUUUCUAUUGUUUUCUUUCGCUUUGAACGAAAUUGUAAAUCAAGAAUUCUCUCGUGAGCGAAUAUAAAGAGUUAGACUUUUAAGUUUUC